UAACACAAGUCACACAACUAGUCUUCUGUUUUCCUAGCCUCAAAAGCAGCCACAGAGAACCCCUUCCCGCUACUUCACCAAUGUCAGGCGGUCCUUUGCUCAAGCACCUUGCCUCCGCUCUGCUCCCCCCUCGAGCUUUCACUGUCUCUCGCCCAUUUCCCUCUCGCUUCUUCACUACCCGGAAGCCCAGAUACCUCUCGCGGCCCAAUUCACUUGCUGCUGCAAACAUCUCCACUUCUUCUUCAGAGACUCCCUCUGCCGCCCAGCCCUUUGCUUUGCCUUUCCAAUCUGUCAACAUUCGCUGCCAAAGACAUGUCUCUGAUAUGCUUCAAGAAGCUCUGUUAUGCUUUGGUGCAAGUUCUACUUGUGUUGAUGAAGACGAUGACUAUGAGGAUUCCGACGAGAUUUGCAUUACUUCCAUAUUUCCUGAAGGUGAAGACGUAAAUACUUGCAUUUCCUGUGCUGCUGAUUCCAUAAGCUUGAAAGAGAUACCUAGUUAUGAAGUUACGAUAGGUGAGCAGUACGACUGGAUAAAGAAAACUCAGGAAUCAUUUCAUCCUGUUGAAAUUACUGAAGGACUCUGGAUUGUGCCCGCCUGGAAAACUCCCCCUGAUGCCCAAGCAACAAAUAUAAUUCUGAAUCCUGGAUUAGCAUUUGGAACCGGAGAGCAUCCUACUACAAGGUUAUGUCUGUUUCUGCUUCAUGGCUUGAUAAAGGGGGGAGAACAAUUCUUGGACUAUGGCACAGGUUCUGGAAUUCUUGCAAUUGCUGCAGUUAAGUUUGGUGCUGCCUUAUCAGUCGGAAUUGAUAUAGAUCCACAAGCAAUUACAUCUGCACACCAGAAUGCUACUCUGAACAACAUAGGACCCGAACAGAUGCAAUUAUAUCUAGUUCCGAGUGAAAAUUGCUCAACUUGGACAGAUCCAUGUGGAAAUGUGGAAGAACGGAGCACAUUUGUAGCGGGAGCCAUCUCAGAAACAGACAAGUAUGAUGUACUAAUUGCAAAUAUACUUUUAAAUCCCCUAAUGGAUUUGGCAGAUCAGAUCGUCUCUUAUGCAAAGCCUGGGGCAGUUAUCGGUCUCUCCGGGAUUCUCUCUGAUCAGCUUCCCUAUAUUAUAGAGCGAUAUUCACAGUUCUUGGAAGGUGUAUCAACUACAGAGAUGGAUGGUUGGGCCUGUGUCCAUGGCAGAAAGAAGCAAAAUGUUGCUGGCAACUGAGGAAUCUCUCCCGUCUAAACCAUCAGUGGAAGUACAAUGUGACAAAAAUGUUCCGACAGUUUUGACAAUCAGAGAUGCUAUUCUAUAUGAGGCUGUAUGGUCUGGUCACUUUUACAUCAUACGUGCUGGCUGGCUUAACAAUCCAAACAGGAGCGUGGACAUUUAGCUGACGUUGUGAGGGUGGUUCAACAUGAGACGCAAUCCCUGCUUAUCACCAACUACUGAUUAUUUCUUUCUAAUGUAGGAAUGUCCAGAGGAAUAUGUAGAGAAACUCAUUUACAAAUUAAGCUAGAUUUGAAGAAGUCACACAUGACAGCUUAGGUGCAGUAUCUUCCGGUUAAUUGGUAUAAAUUUUAUCACUUUUUGUUGUCAUCUUUACAUCAGUGCAAUACCACUUCGGUGCGAGAGGUAGUAUGUCAGAUGAUAUUGUAAUUCAGUUCUCUUGGCAGAGAAGUAGCAAUUGAUCUUGAUGUUCUUGAGGAAAUUGAAAUCA